GAAACGGACCAAUGAGAGCAGAGCGCUGCUGUGAACGCGUCCAAUCAGAGAAGAGAGUCGAUGAGCGGCAGAGCGGCAGCAGAGAAGAGCGGCGCGAUGACCGGAACCAAUGAGUUCAAGCUGACCCAGGGUCCGGAGGACAGCGUCUCGGCUGUGAAGUUCAGCCCGAGCUCGGCUCAGUUCCUGCUGGUGUCGUCGUGGGACUGUACGGUCCGUCUGUUCGAUGUCGGCGCUAACAGCAUGAGGAUGAAGUACCAGCAUCCGGCGCCGGUGCUGGACUGCGCGUUCUAUGAUCCGGCUCACGCGUGGAGCGGCGGUCUGGACAACCAGCUGAAGACGCACGAUCUGAACACGGAUCAGGACACGAUUGUGGGGACGCACGACGCUCCCAUCCGCUGUGUGGAAUACUGUCCGGAGGUCAAUGUGAUGGUGACGGGCAGCUGGGACAUGUCUGUGAGGCUCUGGGACCCCAGAACACCCUGCAACGCCGGGACCUUCACGCAGCCCGAGAAGGUCUACACGCUGUCUGUGGCCGGAGACCGGCUGAUCGUGGGGACAGCGGGGCGGCGUGUGCUCGUCUGGGAUCUGAGGAACAUGGGAUACGUGCAGCAGAGGCGAGAGUCCAGCCUCAAAUACCAGACGCGCUGCAUACGAGCUUUCCCUAACAAACAGGUCAGACACACACAGACUAAUUUAAUCCACAACACGUUUGCCACCGGCGGUUCUGACGGCUUCGUGAACAUUUGGGAUCCGUUCAACAAGAAGCGUCUGUGUCAGUUCCACCGUUACCCCACGAGCAUCGCGUCUCUGGCGUUCAGUACAGACGGCUCUCUGCUGGCCAUCGCCUCCUCGUACAUGCAGGAGCAGGGAGACGUCUCUCACCCCGCCGACGCCGUCUUCAUCCGCCAGGUGACCGACGCCGAGACCAAGCCCAAGUGA